CUUAAAGAAGCAUAACAUGGGGAAAACGGGGCGGUAACUCACGUGACGACGGGUCGGGUCGUCACAGUUCCCCACCAAAUUGUAGUUAAGCAAAAGAUAAUAUCAAAGUAACCUAACUUUCCCAAAUGUAACCUAAUAUAUUCAUCACUGUCUUAAUUCCAACUACUCUGUUGUAAUUAAUAAACACAUAUGAAGAUGUAACCGAAUUUCCAGGGCAAUAAUAAGAUUGUCAAAUUUCUCCUACUUUUCUUUGGCUAACGACUCCUGGUCUAAAGGGGUGAUAGCUUCUAUCAAUUACAGUAAAUUCCUAUAAACCCCUUCUUCCAUUAACGUCUUCAAUUCCAUCCUCAGAAACAAGGCACAAUAUUGAUUCCAUCAACCCUUUCAAAAAUCUCAUAAUUAUAUCCUGUUUUGGUUGCAUGAUUUAUCUUGUUUGUACCAUCUUUCUUGCUCCUAACAACAACAACAAGCAUUUCCAUACCUCAGUUUCUUUACAGGAUGAUGAAUUAUCAUCUCAAACCAAUCUUGAUCAUAUUGUUUUUGGAAUUGCAUCCAAUGAGCAAUCUUGGUCCAAAAGAAAAGAAUAUGUUAAGCUCUGGUGGGAACCCCAUAUAAUGAGGGGAUGUGUAUUUCUUGAAAAGAUGCCACCUUUUUCAUCAAAUGGCACAUAUAAUGAGUCUCUACCUCCCAUUUGCAUUUCUGAGGAUACUUCUCGGUUUAGGUAUACGCAUAGAGGUGGGACACCUUCAGCUAUUCGUGUGGUCUCAGAGACGGUGGCGCUUAAUCAUUCUAAUGUAAGAUGGUUUGUAUUUGGAGAUGAUGACACCAUUUUCUUCCCUGAAAAUUUGGUGAAGACACUUACUAAAUAUGAUCAUGGACUUUGGUACUACAUUGGAACAAACUCAGAAAGCUUUAUGCAGAAUAAGUUUUUCUCCUAUGAUAUGGCUUUUGGUGGAGCUGGUUUUGCUAUAAGCUAUCCUUUGGCAAAAGUUUUGGCCAGAGUCUUUGAUUCAUGCAUUGGAAGAUACCCUCACUUAUAUGGAAGUGAUGGUAGAGUUCACGCCUGUUUAGCAGAGCUUGGUAUUAGCUUAACACGCGAGCCCGGUUUUCACCAGAUGGAUUUUCAUGGAAAUGUGUUUGGAAUGUUGGCUGCACAUCCCAUUAGGCCAUUGGUAUCUAUGCAUCAUAUGGAGGCAAUUGAUCCUAUAUUUCCGAAUAUGACAACAGUGAAGGCUGUGGAGCAUUUGUACAAGGCAGCAAGCUUCGAUCCACAUCGGAUUUUACAGCAAACAGUGUCAGUGUCUUGGGGAUAUGCUGUUCAAGUGUUUGAUAGGAAUGUGCUUUUGUCAGAUGUUCAGCGCGUACAAGAGAGCUAUGCUCCCUGGAAAAGGAGUCAUUUAGGUGGAUUAUAUGACUUUGAUACGAGGAAAUAUGAAUUUGAUCCGUGCAGAAGGCAGCUUGUUUAUUACUUGGACAAAGUGUUUUCUGGGAGCAAUGGAACUGAGACAAUUUACAAAAAGAAGACAUUUGAGGAAUGCAAAUUUGACAUGACUUCUCCUAGAAGGCUAGAAGAAAUCAGAGUGUUAUCGAGCAAGUUAGUCCUCGACAAACAACAGUUGCUAGCUCCAAGAAGGCAUUGCUGUGAUGUAUUACAUUCUACCUCGGGUAAUGUCAUGGAAAUAGGGAUAAGAGAAUGCAAGGAAGAUGAACUAAUUUACAUGCACCAUUAGUGCAGUAUAUUCUUGACAGUCAGCAUAGCAAUCACCAUUUGAUGCGAUGGUUUCCCCAAUUGCCUGAUCCAAUCGCGCAAUCUCCAUUUCCACGAAAUUUUGAAUCUGAAGAAACCAAUUCUGUUGUCUUUUUUGAUGACUCAUUGUUCCUGGGAAAAAAAGAGUUAGAGCAUAAGGAAGUCUAAUACCAAGCCUAGCAAGAAGCCAGCAGUUUUUUUGUUUUCUGAGCAUUUAAGUUCAAUGAUCAAAGAGAAUUCAGAA